UCUAAAGCACCCCUGACGUCUAAAGGCUCUAAGCUGCCGGAGUGCAAAAACACUACCUACCUACGACCCACUGCAUCUUCAAACACGCCUACACUCCAUUUACAAGCGCGCAUCAACCAUAAACCAUAGUACACAGAAGCAAAAUGAAUAACUUCGGGGAAUAUCCGCCAAAUAUGGCACCCCAAGAUGCGCUUAUAGUACGCGAACAUGCUGAACCUGAUCACGCUGUCGUGCCUUACACCGGCGAAGAUCUUGCGCGACCUAGACUCGGGCCUCUCAAUCCAUACAAGGACGAAGCAAAUGCGCUAAAACGUAAAAACAUCCUCACCGGCCAUGCAGAAGAGACUUUCCUCAGCGAACAUACCUUUCGAAGUAAACAUCGCGCCAUCGAACGUAAGGGCGGUCCAGAGAGGGAAUACCAGUCCGGUGCUUCAGUGAAGGAGGAGGCGGCCAAACUAAGGCAAUCGAGGGAAAAGAAAGGCAACGCGACUAUCGCCGAUGGAGAUGGCGCAUACGUAGGACCCUGGGCGAAAUAUCAGAAGGAUGAAUACGAAGAAGUUGCAGAAGAUGAAGAACUAGCAAGUGACGAAGAGGUCGAAUAUGUUUACGAAGACGAAGACGAAGACGACGUCGUGGCAAGCGGUACUGUCGUCUCGGCACCGGUGGAUGCCAUAGCCAGGAGGAAAGUAGUAGAGGAAUUAGGAGACGAGCAAACCAUAUUCCAUGGCCAAGAGGAAUACGACUACCAAGGGAGGACCUACAUGCACGUACCCAAAGAUCUGGAUAUCGAUUUAGAAAAGGAACCCGGCAGCAUCACGAAUUACAUCCCCAAGAAGCUGGUUCAUACAUGGAAGAACCACGACAACAAGGCUGUCACCGCUCUUCGAUUCUUCCCGAACUCGGGACAUCUAUUAUUAUCAUCUGGUGCAGACAGCACGGUCAAGAUAUGGGACGUUUACCACCAAAAGGAACUUUUACGAAGUUAUCUGGGCCAUUCCAAAGCUGUCUCGGAUAUUUGCUUUAACAAUUCUGGCACGCAGUUCCUCUCGGCAUCAUAUGACCGCCAAAUGAAGCUGUGGGACACCGAAACAGGUGCCUGUAUCAACAAGUUCACAACCGGCAAGACACCACACGUCAUCAAGUUCAAUCCCUCCCCAGAGCAUGCGCAUGAAUUCCUCGCCGGUAUGUCGGAUAAGAAGAUCGUCCAAUUCGACACGCGAACGGGGGAGCUUGUCCAGGAAUACGAUCACCAUCUAAAUGCCGUCAACACCAUUACCUUCGUAGACGACAACCGACGGUUCAUGACCACGUCUGACGAUAAGUCGCUACGCGCAUGGGACUAUAACAUUCCCGUACCCAUCAAGUACGUCGCGGAACCGUACAUGUUCCCAAUGACGCGCGCGUGCCUACACCCGUCGAACAAAUACGUGGCGUACCAGUCAUCCGACAACCAGAUCGUGGUCUAUGGCGCCAAUGACAAGUUCAGGCAAAAUAGGAAGAAGAGUUACCGAGGGCAUAACAACGCCGGCACAGCUAUCGAUGUCGCGUGCAGCCCUGAUGGGCAGUUCCUCGCGAGCGGUGACAGCGGUGGGUUCGUCUGUUUCUGGGAUUGGAAGACGUGUAAGAUGUAUCAUAAAUUACAAGCUGGUGACCAGCCGAUCACAUGCGUACAGUGGCAUCCUCAGGAGACGAGCAAGGUCGUUGCGGCUGGUUUAGAUGGUAUUAUUAGAUAUUGGGAUUAAGGUAGGAAGUUUGCAUAGCAGGGCAUGACACAACGCGGCGUUUUAGGAUGGGCUCGAGCAAAAGCAUCGUCGAUACCAUAACAUGACUUUUUCAAUGAAUAAUUUAUUCUCAAAUAUACAGUCUUCCUUUAGGUCGUUUAUCCUGAGAUAUUUUAUCAACACCCCUACAUCACGCCCCAUUCGAUGGUUAUUAUAAGAAUAUAAUUAUUAUCAAAGGCCCAGGAGUCAGGCAUGACAUGGUAAAGAAUCACUCGAUAAACAUUAACGCUAAAGCAAGCUCUUAGCCAGCCUCAUCAUAGGCGAAGGCGUCGAGCAGAAGAUUAUAAUCUAUGAAAUUCACCUCAUCGAGAGUCCAGGGUCAUGUACUAUAACCAAUUCGUGAGGCCAAGACAACCCAUCAACUCGCUUACUUCGUUCCCGGAACUAGUUCAUUGCAGCAACCAUAAGG